CUCAAGUCCGAUAAAGCACAUUCGUCCAUUAAGAAACAAGCUGUCUACUUCCAGUGGAAAAAGGACAUACAAUAACAUUAAUUUAUAAAGAAAAGAAGAACGUCUUAAAAGCACAACCUUUGGCAGAGUGAAGCAAAAUUACCCCUCCUGCUUAUCUACCCAGGCUAUUUCAGAGGACAAGUAAAAGUCAAACACACUGCUGUGUGGAUCAUAGACGAGACCAGCUUUGACAUUAUAAUUGCAAGUGAAGAGUAAUAAGCAAAACAUGGAGAAGAAAGUGAACCAGCCAAGAAAUAGUGCCAAACCAGGUGUCAAAACAAGGAAAUCAUCAAUCCCAGGAGUCACAAUUAUAGAAUUUACAGAUGAUAUCCCGCAAGGAUGUAGUGUACCUGAUAUUGAACGCAGGCCAAUCCCACUGACCAUGCAGGAAGGUAAAACUGCAAAUUUCAAAGCCGCAGUACAAGGAAAUCCAGAGCCUACUUUAGUCUGGAGCUUUAAAGGGGAAAGUCUCAGUAACGGUAACAAAUAUAAGGUUUCCUAUGACAGAAUUAUGAAUGAACAUGUCUUACAGAUAAAACAACUGACUAUAGAUGAUGCUGGUUCCUAUAAGUGCACUGUUUCUAAUGAAUAUGGAGAGGCGAGAUGUGCAGCCAAUCUUAAUAUCAUAGAAGUUGGUUACAAGAAGAAAAUGAAAAAGCCUGGAGAAAUACAAGGUAAAAAUACAGACCCUACAGACUUUCGGAAGAUGUUGAAAAAACGUGCUCCACCGCCUGUAAAAAAAGAACAGAAAGUUCCAGAUGAAAAAGUCUGGGAAAUUCUCAUGCACGCUGACAAGAAAGAUUAUGAAAGGAUUUGCAUGGAGUAUGGCCUCACUGACUUCCGUGGCAUGUUAACAAAACUGAAGCAAAUGAAAAAGGACAGAGAGGAAAAGCAAGCACAGUACGUGAAAGAAAUUAGCAAUCUGAAACAUGUUGAAACAAAGUCAGAUGGAUCAGCUAGCUUUGGAUUUGAUAUGGAACUCAAAAGUCCAGAGUUAAAUAUUUAUUUAUACAAGGAUGGAAAACUUAUCCCACAUUCAUUGGACAAGGAUCAAAAACAUCACCUCAAGCAUGUUGGCAAAAGAUAUACCUUCUGCAUUAAAGAUCUCCAUCUUAAUGAUGUUGGAUUGUACAGAGUAAAUGUUGAAGAUACAGAGGUUUUUGCAACAGUAGUGGAUAUCAGUCUUAUCCCGGUGGACUUCAUACACAAAUUACAAGACGUCAAAUGCAAGGAAGGAGAAGAUGCAAUUUUUGAGUGCACUAUUUCAUUACCUCUUCCAGCAGAAUGGUCAUACAAGAAGAUACCACUGGAAAACAGUGAUAAAUAUGAAAUUAAGGUCUCUCCUGAUGGUUUGACACAAAGCUUGAUCAUAAAAAACAUACAUCAUGUAGACAAAGGAGUGUAUAUCAUUUCAGCUGGAGCUGGAUAUUCAAGUGCAUACCUCAGUGUAGGAAAAAAUCUAGACACUGCUUCUCCACCCUCAUUAAGAAAAGAAAUGGAAUCUAAGCAAAGUCAAGAGGACUUUACAGAUAUUAAUUUGGAACAGGAGCUCAAUGAUGCAACCAAAGGUGGACUAAAAGGCAGAAGAAGUUCACCGCAUGACAAAGAUUUAUUAACUAAAGAUGACCUGAAGCGAAAAAGUAACUACUCAUCAGAGGAAGACAGCAUUAACUUUGGUAGAGGAGGUUUGCAGAGUGCUUCAAUUGAUGGAUUGGAUGAUGCUACCAAAAAUGGCCAGAGUGUUUAUGAUCGAAUGGGAAAAGAUGACAGUGGUGGUUUAAAUAGUUUUAAAAAAGGUGGUUUUAAUGGAUUCGAUGGAAUGGGAAGAGAUGGAAAGCAUGGGUUGGAUGGAAUAGAAAGAGAUGGCAAGGGUGGCUUAGAUGGAAUGGGAAGAGAUGGCAAAGGUGGGUUGGGUGGAAUGGGAAGAGAUGGCAAGAGUGGCUUAGAUGGAAUGGGAAGAGAUGGCAAAGGUGGGUUGGGUGGAAUGGGAAGAGAUGGCAAGAGUGGCUUAGAUGGAAUGGGAAGAGAUGGCAAAGGUGGGUUGGGUGGAAUGGGAAGAGAUGGCAAGAGUGGCUUAGAUGGAAUGGGAAGAGAUGGCAAAGGUGGGUUGGGUGGAAUGGGAAGAGAUGGCAAGAGUGGCUUAGAUGGAAUGGGAAGAGAUGGCAAAGGUGGGUUGGGUGGAAUGGGAAGAGAUGGCAAGAGUGGCUUAGAUGGAAUGGGAAGAGAUGGCAAAGGUGGGUUGGGUGGAAUGGGAAGAGAUGGCAAGAGUGGCUUAGAUGGAAUGGGAAGAGAUGGCAAAGGUGGGUUGGGUGGAAUGGGAAGAGAUGGCAAGAGUGGCUUAGAUGGAAUGGGAAGAGAUGGCAAAGGUGGGUUGGGUGGAAUGGGAAGAGAUGGCAAGAGUGGCUUAGAUGGAAUGGGAAGAGAUGGCAAAGGUGGGUUGGGUGGAAUGGGAAGAGAUGGCAAGAGUGGCUUAGAUGGAAUGGGAAGAGAUGGCAAAGGUGGGUUGGGUGGAAUGGGAAGAGAUGGCAAGAGUGGCUUAGAUGGAAUGGGAAGAGAUGGCAAAGGUGGGUUGGGUGGAAUGGGAAGAGAUGGCAAGAGUGGCUUAGAUGGAAUGGGAAGAGAUGGCAAAGGUGGGUUGGGUGGAAUGGGAAGAGAUGGCAAGAGUGGCUUAGAUGGAAUGGGAAGAGAUGGCAAAGGUGGGUUGGGUGGAAUGGGAAGAGAUGGCAAGAGUGGCUUAGAUGGAAUGGGAAGAGAUGGCAAAGGUGGGUUGGGUGGAAUGGGAAGAGAUGGCAAGAGUGGCUUAGAUGGAAUGGGAAGAGAUGGCAAAGGUGGGUUGGGUGGAAUGGGAAGAGAUGGCAAGAGUGGCUUAGAUGGAAUGGGAAGAGAUGGCAAAGGUGGGUUGGGUGGAAUGGGAAGAGAUGGCAAGAGUGGCUUAGAUGGAAUGGGAAGAGAUGGCAAAGGUGGGUUGGGUGGAAUGGGAAGAGAUGGCAAGAGUGGCUUAGAUGGAAUGGGAAGAGAUGGCAAAGGUGGGUUGGGUGGAAUGGGAAGAGAUGGCAAGGGUGGGUUGGAAGGAAUGGGAAGAGAUGGCAAGGAUGGGUUAGAUGGAAUUGGUAAAGAUAGUGUGGGCAGAUUGAAGGGAAUGGGAAGAGAUGAGAUGGACAGGAUGGGUGGAAUGGGAAAAGAUGGUGAAGGUAGCUUGGAUAGGAUGGGAAGAGAUGGAAAAGGCACAUUGGAUGGAAUAGGACGAGACCGCAUGGAUAAGAUGGGUGGAAUGGGAAGAGAUAGCAAGGGGAGCUUGGAUGGAAUGGGAACAGAUGUUGAGGAUGGAUUAUAUGGAAUGAGAAGAGGUGGCAAGGGUGGAUUAGAAGAAAUGGGAAGAGAUGGUGAGGGUGGGUUAUAUGAAAUAGGAAGAGGUGGCAAGGACAGUUCAACUGGACUGGGAAGAGAUGGUAAGAGUAGGAUGCAUGGAACUAGAAAAGAUGGUCAUGAUAGAAUGUCUGAUGAUGGAAUAGAUAACCUUGUAAAUUUGGAUGGCAGUGAAAAAGGCAGCUGGAAUAGAUCAGAUGCAUCAGGAUGGAGAGAAAUGGAAAAUAACUUAGCAGAUGGUUUCAAUCGAGGCAAAGAUGAUUCAGCAGGGUACAAUAAUGCCACCAGUUCUGGAAGAGGUCAAUCUGGUCUGAAUGACAUUAAUGCCUUAAGCCUGCCUAGUGGUCUAUCACACAGAAGUAGCAGAGAUGGAUCAACAAAAGGUGGAUAUGCAUUAUCACCGAGUGAUCAGAAAGGUUUACUGAGAAAAGAUCAAAUGUCAAACCAAACUGAACCCAUGGGAGGUGGAUUUCAAGACUUGUCGAUCUCUGAUGCAUCUCAGAGAGAACAAAGUGGGAGUUCAAGGAGAAGAAAAGGAAAGUUUUCUGAAAGUGACAUCAAUGAAACCAGCCUGGACAUCAAGAAUAAAGAACCGGUUCGACGUUUCAAAAGUGGACUUUUAGAUGUGAGUGCUCGGAAGGGAAAGGCAGCUGAAUUUUGUUGUGUGACAGCAAAUGAAAAUACGCAAGGCACCUGGUUUAAGAACGGCACAAAGAUUACUUCAGGAAAUGGAAAAAUAGUCACGAAAGAAGGAGCAGUACAAAAACUGACGAUACCCAAUGUCAAGGAGGAAGAUUCAGGGAUGUAUACAUUUGAAGCUGAUGGAGGGAAAACCAAAGCCUCUCUGUUUGUUGAAGAUCCUCCAGAGUUUGAUCAGGAUGUGCUUGACCGGUUGGGAAAGAAAGACACAAUUAUUAAGGCUGGUCACACUGCAACAGUGAAGGUGCCAUUCUCAGGAAAGCCACCAAUGAAGGUGUCUUGGUACAAGGAUGGGGAAGAACUGUUUGAAGACAACAGGAUCAGCAUUGACAAUAGUAAAAGUUUUACACGUUUGUCAAUCUCCAAAUGUAACAGAAAGGACAGUGGAAAGAUGACAAUUAAAUUGAAGAAUGAAAGUGGCACAACAAGUGCAGAUGUUAACUUGGCUGUCAUUGACAAACCACAAGCCCCUCAGGGCCCUCUAAAAGUUCUAGCCAGUUUGGAAAACUGUAUUUCUUUGAAGUGGAAGCCUCCUAGAGAUGACGGUGGGAAACCUAUACAGCAUUAUGUAAUUGAAAGGCAACAGGUGGGUAGAAAUACAUGGACCAAAGUUGGUGAAAUGGACAAGUCAAUAACAACAUUCUCCUAUGACAAAGUGGAGCCAGAAAAAAAAUACAAAUUCAAAGUUUGGGCUGUGAAUUCAGAAGGCAAAAGUGAAGCAUUGUUAUCAGAUGUAAUCACUGCUGGCAGAAAAGAUGUUCCUGGAGCUCCAGCAAAACCAAAUAUCUUGAGUGCAAGCAGCAAAUCCAUUACAGUGUCAUGGACUCCACCACAUAACACCGGUGGUUCCAGAAUAAUUGGAUAUAUCAUAGAAAAGCGUAAGAAAGGUAGCAACGUCUGGAGUGCUGUCACUGAUACUCCAGUUACAGGUAAGAAGUGGACGAUAACUGAUGUCAUUGAAGGGUUGGAGUAUGAAUUUCGAGUGAUUGCAGUGAACUCCUCUGGUCCAGGGGAGCCCAGCUGUGAAACUGAAGCAGCAUUUGCUCGUGAGCCCAUGAAGGUACCUGGAACUGUGAGAGAUCUCAGAGUAACAGAUUCCACCUACUCAACCAUAUCUCUAGCAUGGACUCCACCAAUUUACAAGGGCAGUGAUAUUCCUAAAGGGUACAUUGUUGAAAUGAAAUCUUCUGGCAAUGCAGCUUGGACUAGAUGCAACUCUGCUGCUGUGGGAUUGAAUUCAUAUACUGUGAAAGGCUUAAAAAAAAUGGGAAUGUAUUUUCUACGUGUAAGAGCUGUCAAUGAUGGUGGAAUGGGGGAACCCAUGGAAUUAGACAAUUAUGUUCUUGCCAUGCCGCCUCCAGUGCAUCCCAAGUUUAUAUUGGAUGAAUCUGUAAAAAGUUUCAUGAUCAUCAAAGAAGGAAACUCCUUACGAGUCCAAAUGCCAUUUGAAGCAUCACCUCCUCCUGAAGUGAUUUGGCUGAAAGAUGGUUUUCCAGUUUCGGAGCAAGCUACAAUAACCAGUACCAGUGGUAGCACUCAACUUAUUAUUCCAGCCUCACAGAGAUCUCACUCUGGAAUUUAUUCUGUAACAUUGAAGAAUCUUCUUGGACAAGAAUCAUUUAGUUUUGAGAUUAGAGUUACAGCUGUUCCCAAACCUCCAGGUCCAGUAACAUUGACUGAAAAUGUCCCACACUCAGUGACAGUUUCCUGGGAAUCAUCCAGUGAUGAACCGCUUGAUGAUCAUUUGCAUUAUGUUGUUAUGCAAAGAGAUUCGCGCAGACUGAAGUGGCAUACAGUGAGAGACAACAUCUUCAACAACAAAUUCACAGUCAUAAAUAUUGUUCCAGGGUGCAAAUACAACUUCAGAGUUCUAGCAAAAAAUGACAUGGGCUAUAGUGAACCUUCAGAUACACGAGAGCCAUGGUGCAUUUUAAGGCAAAGAGAUCCAUUUGCUUUAAAAUUGCCAAUCUACAAAGCUCGAAGCAAUAUGACAGCCCCUGAAUUCAUUGUGAGGUUAAAGACUCACAUUGCACCCAGUGGAUCCGACAUUAAUAUGAGUUGUGCCGUUAAAGGAUUCCCUCCACCAAAAGUGAUCUGGUUCAAAGAUAAUAUAAACAUCAUGGAUGAUGCAAAUUUCUGGUCUACAAACAUCUACGGGGUUUGUUCCCUUUGCAUUUUUGGUGCAAGCCCAAAACAAACUGGAGAAUACAUGGCCAUUGCAGAGAAUUCAGUUGGAAGGGCCAUCACCUCAACUAGAUUAUUGGUUACAGAAUGAAGCAACUUCACAAAGAACUUUGGCAUUGAUUUCAGAUAAGCAAACCAAGCUGAAGUAACAAAUUUGAUCAAAUCAAUGAUUCGGAGUGAACUCCCUGCCUGAUGUUAGAGUCUGAUAUAUAGUAAGCUAUUCAUGUAAUCAAUGGAUACAUGUUCAGAAAAGUUUUUAAAAUGCAGAAAAAGAAACAAACUACACUGGGAUGACUUUAACAUAUGAUUUCAGUCUAAUUAUAAAACUUUGUUUUGCACUUUGUUGCAUGUGAAUUAAAUAUUGGUCAGAUAUUGAUGGAGAAAACAAGGACCAAUAUCUCCUAUUGAGAUCGAGAUAGGACAUGAUUAAGCCAAUGCUGCUUGAUAAUAUAAAUGAUUAGCACUCUGCUGAGAGGCUGCAUGCUUGUGCAAAGCUAGCUUUAGUGCAAACUGGGAUGUUUAAAAGGAGAGGCAUUCUUCUUUUUAGGAUGUAAUUAGUGUUGGAACUGCCUAGUAGUUUAAUCUAAGCAGAACAAACAGAAAUAGUGCAAAAGGGCAGAGAGCAUGCUGCCAAGUUUUGGUACUGAUUGGGUAUUUGGAAUUUUGGUGCAGGAGAUGGACAAAAGAACAAAAGUUUAUUACCUUUGAAGGGGUGUAAGGAAAAGCUCACUAACUACCAGUCAGUCAAUUUAACCUCGGCGAUGAGGAAACUUUUAAAAACUGUCAUCCAUCACAGAAUUAACAGCAACUUAAAAAACGUGAACUAAUAAUGGAAAGCUAGCACAGAUUUGCCAAGGGCAAAUUUAUUUAACUUGAGAUUUUUUGAAGUAACGAAAGGUGGUGUAUAUGGACAUCCAAAAAGCAUUUGAUAAGGUGCUACUUCAUAGGUUUGGCAGUGAAGCUCUAGUAAAAAGGAGUGGAUAGCAGCAUAGUUACAAAUUUUGCUGAGUGACAAAGAGUAGUGAAUGAUUGUUUUACAGAUUGGAGGAAGUUAUAUAUUGAGAUUUCCCAGAAAUCAAAGGACAACUGUUUUUCUUAGUCUAUGUUAAUGAUGUAACCUUGGUAAUGCAGAAUGCAAAAUGAUGAUUUGCUUAUAUUACAAAAUUUGGAAGUAUUGUGAACUUUGAGGAGGAUAGUGAUAGACUCUCACUUUGCACCUUACGCACUGCCAUUCUUCAAUUGUGCUUGCAGAACAAGGUAGCACAUUAAUUACAAACUAAAAUACUUAAUCAGGUGUUGUUGCACAUUUUCCGAUGCAUUCAGGAGCUGAUGUUGGUAAUGAUAGAAUGGAGCAUGACUGGUCAUGGCCUGAAACCAUCUUUCACCUUUGCAAAUUCAGCUUCAACAUCAUCCCAUAAUCUCUUGAAUUUGGAUACAUCUGUCGGUGUAUUAAGAAUUACUUCUUGUUUUUCCUGCCUUCCUUAGUACAACCUUAUCCAAGUACCUUUCUCCUUGAUCAUACCCAAUAAUCACUACCUGGUUAGGCAGUAGUAUUGGGGUGAAAUCCAAGAGUAGAAACAGAUGGCUGACAAUCAAAUGUCAUCACUCAACCAUAUGCUCAGCUUGAGAUACAUGUAAUAUGUAUUCUUUAGAGGGUAGCAAAGGGACAGGAUUUGUACUAAGUGAGGCACUGUGCAUGGAUGUUGUGAAGGAAGGGAAAGAAGAAAUAUCACCCAGAUAUUAGAUUACUGGAGGCGAAAGUUGCAGAGAUAUUAUUACACAGGAGUAAGAUGGAUGGGACAGUGUAGGGAAAGACACUGAUGUAUUUGUCCAAUGAAAUGCAUGGUAAAUUGUCUGCUGUCACUGGGAGCAUGAAGGCAUCAACUCAGUCCUGGCUUCUGUAGCCAUCAUCAUAAGAAAUAUCGUAUCCACACUCCAUGAUGUAGCUUCUGAUGUCUCCAGUUUAUUUGCAGCACAAGCAGACACCAUAUGAAAGCUCUGUAUUGUAGUGGAAUCUUGGAGUGAGAUUAUGCAACCUGCAAUUUAUCACCAUGCAAAACAACUUGCAAGAAUCUACCGUUCUCUCUCAGGAUGACAUCACUCACCAUCCCAGCACUGAGUGCCCUGCUAUUACCAACUGAGGCUCUUGGUGCCCAGUCUGACACGAUGCAAUUUGUAGCUGGGUGUCUAGGCCCAAAGACCCUGUAAAGGCCAUCUGUAGUCUCCCUGUAGUGUCAUACAGCAACCUUCAUCAGUUAUCAUAGAAUCCCUACAGCCCAUUUGGCCCAUCGAGUUCACACCGACCAUCUGAGGAGCAUCCCACCCUAUCC